AUGCAUCGUUCGCGAUGGCUCCAAGCUCCAGGCCACUGGCAAGCUUUUUGGAGAAGCAUCAGGAAGAACCUCAACUUUUACCGCAUUCAUAUCCUUUUCUUCACAUUCACACCUUUGGUGUUCUCGGCGAUCUUCUAUGCUAGCAAUGGAAGGUAUACUAUUGCAUACAUCGACGCUCUCUUUAACUGUAUCAGCGCCAUGACAGUUUGUGGUCUCGCGACCAUAAACUUGAGCACGCUGACACCAUGGCAGCAAGCUAUCUUAUUCAUUCAGAUGUGUUUGGGUAGUCCAGUCGCUGUGUCGUGGGUAAUGGUAUACACCAGGAGAUACUACUUUGCUAAAAAGUUUGACCAUAUCAUUGAGGCCGAGGCCGCUCGUCGUGCUUCCAUUAAGAUGGAAGCGAGGCUCACUCGCGAGUCUGCCUUAUCAAGUGGUGCCAAAGGCCAGCGGUCCAGUCGUUUUUCCUCGUUGUUUCGCAAACGCACCGGUCUCAGUGCAGUACCCGAGGACUCUGCAAGUGACGACGAUCACAAUUCACAAUCUCGUCAAAAGGAAGGUAUCGCAAAGAAGCUAAGGCCUGAUAUGAUCCGUCGUAUGGAUGCCCCUCCAAAACUUGUGAAUCCUAGCGGAUGGAUUAGCGAGGGGCGAAUGGUCCCUAUGAGGCGAAUGUCGGCCGUUUCGACACGAAUGAAUCCAAAUGCAAUCAACACUUUCCCAAAAUCAAGUACACUUCAUGCAGCUUCCGAACCCCGUGGUCUGCAGCAGCCUCCGAGCGCUAGUUCCACUGGCAUGCAGCGUACAGCCACGGUUGAAUUUGCGCCCAACGUUGCCCGCCACUAUCCUGCGACGCUUACUACUAUAUCCAGCCGUGGCCGCCAAGGAAGGGAGACACCUUUAGGUUCAGAUUCUGAUUUUUCCACUGGGCAUAGAAUCGAAGAACGCGAGCGCGAUGGUUCGCGCCCGCCACGACGGCCCUCUAUACCUCCGAAUUCGAGGAUUCCAGUGGCAAGAUACCCCACUACCCACACUAAUCGCUCCGCGCGGUCACGGCGUGCAUCUCAACUGCAAUCCUUUUCGACCCAGCCGUAUGAACCGCCAAAUCCCCCACUACCGCAAAAACACAGCGGAUUUGGCGGGUUUCCGAUGCCUCACGAAAUAUUGGCCAUGAUUCUCAGGUGGCUAUUUCCGGGAGUGGAAAAACGAUUACAUAGGACCGUGACGAUACCCGUGACAACGACCCUGACAGGUGGAGGUUUAGGACGAACGGUAUCUUUAGGACCUGGUGGGCGGACAUACUCUGUCCAUGGUUCAGGCCUUGAUGCAGGAGGCAGUAUAAGUGGAGCCAUUGGUGAGGAUGCAAAGCCGGUGGCUUAUAUUUCCUUUGAUGCUAUAGUGGGACGUAAUUCUGCAUUCCAUCUCUUGACAAAUGAACAGUUGGAGGAGCUGGGUGGCGUCGAAUACCGUGCGUUGAAUGCGUUGCUAUGGUUGGUUGCCGGGUAUCAUUUGGGAUCACAAUUAAUCUCUUUCAUUGUCAUUGCACCUUACAUCUCACGUUCCGAAUGGAAAAGCGAUUUCGUUCCCCCUCAGCUAUUCAAACCAGUAUCACAAGCCUGGUUCUCUAUUUUCCAAGUAGUAUCUGCCUAUACUAACACAGGCACAUCUCUCGUCGAUCAGUCGAUGGUGCCCUUCCAGACUGCAUACCCCAUGAUUUUCUUCAUGAUAUUUUGUAUACUGGCCGGAAAUACUGCUUUUACACUCAUGAGAUCAAUAAUCUUAAGUUUUCGAUUAUUGAUCAAACUAGUACCUUCUACAUCUCGUGCUAAAGAGACACUUCACUUUCUCCUUGACCAUCCGCGACGGUGUUUCAUUUAUCUUUUCCCAUCUCACCAAACCUGGUUUCUCCUCACAGUUCUACUCAUGCUUAACCUUACAGAUUGGUUCUUCUUCAUGGUACUUGACAUUGGCAAUCCUGCGAUAGAGUCAAUUCCUUUGGGCACUCGGUUUGUUGCAGGACUACUGCAAGCAGUCGCUGUACGUGCCGCAGGAUUUGGUAUUGUGACUCUUGCAGCGCUCUCUCCGGCAGUAAAAGUCAUGUACGUGGUCAUGAUGUACAUCAGCGUCUGUAAUGUCCGUUCCACAAAUGUUUACGAAGAGCAGUCGCUUGGUAUCUACAGAGAUGACGAUGAGUCAGAGGAGGAGCAGACUUUUCCUGCCCAAGGGCCACGUAUGACGGUGUGGAGUCGUUACCUUGCGAUGCACGCUAGAAAACAGCUUGCUUUUGAUAUGUGGUGGUUGGCAUUAGCUUUGUUUUUGGUUUGUAUCAUCGAGCGCGGAAAUUUGAAUGACUCGAAGCAGCAAAGCUGGUUCAACAUAUUCACGAUCAUAUUUGAACUAGUUUCCGCGUACGGUACUGUAGGGCUCAGCCUAGGUCAACCAGCGCAAAACUACUCCUUCUCGGGUGCGCUCAGUCCCCUAUCCAAACUUAUCAUAUGUAUUGUCAUGCUUCGCGGCCGUCACCGUGGUCUACCUGUGGCCAUUGAUCGUGCCGUGAUGCUCCCUUCUGAGUUCCAGAAAACAAAAGAUGACCCGGAUUUUGGGCUUGCACACGAUGAUCGACAGAGCGCUCCAAAUUCUGGAGAAUAUGACGAAACGGAAAACGGUAUGGAGGAGAGGUUAAGGCGUGUUGUGGGGGGGAAGAGUAGCCAAGAUGCCAUGAUAGAGGCGGGUCGUGAAAAGGCUCAUGAAGAUGACAAAAUGAUGUCAACUUGA